GGGCGCGAACGAAGGCAGAGGAUUACUUCAUCUGUCCGGCUACGCACUGCAUAUUUCGUACAGUAGAGAUCCUGUACAAGUUAAUGCGAGACGGGGUCUCCAUCACGGACCCUGUGGGGAGGGCUAUGGCAGAGAGGCACAUGGACGUCCGCGAGGAGGACUUGGAGAUGGAGGACCUGCGAAGGACCGAUGAGGCGGCUGCCCCCGCUGCAGGCAUGGCAGAUGACCGGGCUGCUGGCCAUGGAGAGGAGUCAGCAGCCCGAGGGGUGGAUCCCACGAUGACGGAUGAGGGACGGCUUCUGCGAGCCCAGUCGGGUCCCCGGAAGCGGUUCGUGGAUGUUUGGGAGGAUAUGGUGGAGGAUCCAUCAGAGCCGCAGGUCGGCGCUGCCUCUGAGGAGGUGUACCGCGACGACAUGACGAUCCCCGAGGAGGUGGAGGCAGAGAUGCGCUGUCGGCGCAAGGAGGGGGGGGAUCGUGCCAGUGCACGACUGUUGCAGGGGCGAGACUACGAGGAUGAGGAUGCCGAGGACGUCAUUUACGAGGUGGAUGACGUCUGGGCAGGGAAGGACAUGAUAGAGGAGAUUGCGGCGGCGGGGAAGGGGAAGGAGGCAGUCCGCGAUGACCCUCUCGUCUCUCGUGUGUGGGACAGGUGGGGUGGCCUCGACAUUGUAGAUGACCUGGAUGGUUACCUGCAUGGUUCAAGACACACCCUUCAUAUGAUGAAGGACAUUCAGGAAUGUCGCAGACCGGACGAGGGGAGUGCAGGGGUUCAGCAGGACCGUCGUGUGGACACGGGCUUUCAGCCAACCACCUUCGAUGGAGUGGAGCGUUGUGAUGCACCUCUCCCGGGGAGUGCAGCACGUAUGCCAUGUCUCGCCAUUGAGGAUCACGGGAGCACUCCUGUUGUCGAGGAGCGGGAGACACAUGCCACUGUUUCUGAGCAGCCGCAUCCCAUUGUCGAGGAUCAAGUGACAGCUCCGGCUGCGGAGGAGUUGGAGGCGACUGUCAUCUUCGAGCAGCAGACUAGUUUGGAGGGCAUGGCUAGGUUCGACGGCACAGGGACGAGGCGCAUCGAGGUUCAGGAGGACGACGAUGAUGAUGAGCAAGGCAACGGUGACGGGUCGGAGAGCGAGUACGAGGCGCCGCCACACCCCUCAGAUGAUGACGACGACGCAGACACCGGAGGGGACGCUGAUGACGACCACUAGGUCGAUGAGGUCACGAUUGU